GUGCUGCGGAUUGGCGCCGGGCAGAUGCAGUCAGAGAGCGCCCCGUCUCCCAGCGUUCUGCUGGUGGAGCCGUUUUACGGUGGAUCUCACAAACAGCUGAUCGACCUGCUGAAGGAAAACGUGGACGGCUGCUCCGUCUUCGCGCUGCCUGCCAAGAAGUGGCACUGGAGGGCGAGGACGGCGGCGCUGUACUUCAGCCAGACCAUCCCCACCUGCCCCACAUACAGCCUGGUGUCGGAUGUGGUGGUGUUUAACUCACUCUUCAACAUGGACUCCUUUCUGUCCUCCAUCUCCUCCUACAUGAAGAAGAUCCCGGACCACCGGCCUGCAAACCUGGAGCAGCUGAUCCGUCCUAAGUGCGUGGUCCUGAGCUACCCAGUCCAGUUCCCUGAUGUCAGCAGGCUGCUGCCCGAACACAAGCUCGUCCGUCGGCAGGUGGAGCAGUGGCAGAUCAGUCCCGACGAGCUGCAGAGUCCACGGUCUGAGGAGGAGCAGCAGCAGCAGGAGGAUCCACAUCAGUCCACAUCUGAACCUAGAACAGAGCAGGACUCUGGAGACCAGGUCAAACCUCUGCACAUCGUCUGGCCUCACAGAUGGGAACAUGAUAAAAACCCUGAGCUGUUCUUCUCCACGCUGCUCAGGCUGAAGGAGAAACGACUCGACUUCCAUCUGUCGGUGCUCGGAGAGACGUUCACUGACGUACCGGAGAUCUUCUCGGAGGCCAGACGCCUGCUGGACUCUCACAUCCUGAACUGGGGUUUCCUGCCCAGCAAAGAGGAUUACCUCAGAGUGCUGUGUCAGGCCGACGUGGUCGUCUCCACCGCCAAACACGAGUUCUUUGGAGUCGCCAUAUUAGAGGCCGUUCACUGUGGCUGUUAUCCUCUGUGCCCGAAGGCUUUAGUGUAUCCUGAAAUAUUCCCAGCAGAGUACUUGUACUCCACACCUGAGCAGCUCUGCAAACGGCUGCAGGGACUCUGCAGGAGGCCCGACGUCGCCCGGAGACAUGUCGUCAAGGUCGACACCUCCUCCUUCUCCUGGACCUGUCUGAAGGAUCGUUUUAAGUCUCUGCUGGCAGACGGACGUCCCUGACCUCCACCGACUGGGGCACUGAGACUCGAGUCCAUUAGCGUUGGAUGGUUUGGAGUUUCGGAGGCGGUCGGAGCGGCUGCCAGGCCGUCGUCAUGCCUGACUCCACGCCACGUCCCGCAGAAAGCAGCGGUGACAUCCAGGCCGAGCGUCUCGGGCACCUCUGAGCUCUGAAUCAGAGCACGUCUGUGCGCUGGAGACGCUGAGUCUGGACCUGUAAAUGUCCCCAUCUUCUCCGGCUGGAGGAGAACUUUCUUUUAUGUGUGUGGUUUGGGUGGAGGCGGGGGGUGGGGGGGGGUGGGGGGGGGUUAACAUGUAAAAGCUUUCAUGUUUCCACAGGCGGUGCCACCUCCGCCAUCCGCCUGGAUCCAUUUUUAUCCUUUGUGUUCCUGUUCCUCACCACACCGACUGAGUGGCAGCCAGGCGCUGGCUUCUGUCUGCUGGUCCACCUGAGCUGCCAGGUUCAGGCCUGGAACUCAUUAUCAGAACGAAGUGGAUCUGCAGACGCGUGUUACCACCGAGGCAACGGCAGCGGAGAACUCCAGAACGUUGUGCCCGUGAAUGGAUCUGCCGGUUUGUUCUUACACAUCAGGUUUUUAAUGACACUCCCAAAUAAGUCUGUUAAUUAUGGAAGUUCAUUUCUACCAUAAAAGAAAAAAUAGAUCAUUAAAACUUUAUCUGCCUGAUUUUUUUUUUAAACUGGUUUUUAAUAAAAAAAUCAAGCAUUUUCUCAACAAUAACUGACUUUUGUCUAAUAAUAAAAUGAGCUGUAUGGAAGCGCACAAAUUAUUCAUGAUUAGUAAAAAAUUAUAAAUCAAAAUCCCACAUAAAUUCUUAAAACAUUAUUUGGUCAGUAACAAAAACUUACUGGGUAAAAAUGAGCAAAGUUCAGUUAUUAAGUAAAACAUGUUUUUCAAAGUUUAGAUUUGAAAUCUGUGAAAAAUAGGCCUUUGGCUUCUUUGCAGUCUGAGUUUAUUUAAAAAUGUAAAUGUAUAUUUCUAUUUUAUCCAUGUGAUUAGUUCAUUUGUUUCUGGUAAAUCAGCGCAGUAACAUCAGGCGAUGAUUCAGGUCGUGACCCGAUGACAUC